AACCUUGUGGCCCUUACACCGUUUGAGUGGGUGAUCCUGGCGACCAUCACGGCCAACUGCAUCGUCCUGGCCCUGGAGCAACAUCUUCCUGGGGAGGACAAGACCCCCAUGGCCAAAAGACUGGAGUGUACUGAGCCUUACUUCAUUGGGAUCUUCUGUUUUGAGUUUGGCAUCAAGCUUGUGGCCCUGGGCUUUGUGUUCCAUAAAGGCUCCUACCUGAGGAAUGGAUGGAAUAUCAUGGACUUCAUCGUGGUGGUCAGCGGAAUCCUGGCUACAGCAGGGGCCCACAUGAACAUCCCCGUGGACCUGCGGACUCUGAGGGCGGUGCGAGUCCUGAGGCCUCUCAAACUGGUCUCUGGGAUCCCUAGCUUGCAGAUCGUGCUGAAGUCCAUCAUGAAGGCCAUGGUGCCUCUGCUCCAGAUCGGCCUGCUCUUGUUCUUCGCCAUUCUCAUGUUCGCCAUCAUCGGCCUGGAGUUCUACAGCGGGAAGCUCCACCACACCUGUCUACCUACAGCUGACAUCCUGGAAAAUGAGACGAUGGAUACGACCGAGGUGGAGUUUGCGUGCGGAGUGAGGAAGUGUCCAGAGAAGUACGACUGUGUCGGGUCAUGGAUCGGCCCCAACGACGGCAUCACCCAGUUUGACAACAUCCUGUUCGCUGUGCUCACUGUCUUCCAGUGCAUCACCAUGGAGGGAUGGACAGCUGUACUCUACAAUACCAAUGAUGCCUUGGGCUUUAUGUGGAAUUGGAUCUACUUUAUUCCUCUCAUCAUCAUCGGCUCUUUCUUCGUACUCAACCUGGUGUUGGGAGUCCUCUCCGGGGAGUUUGCCAAAGAGAGGGAGCGGGUGGAGAACAGGAGAGCCUUCAUGAAGCUGAGACGUCAACAGCAGGUGGAGAGAGAACUCAAUGGAUACAGAGCCUGGAUAGACCGAGCAGAGGAGGUUAUGCUGGCUGAGGAGAACAAGAAGUCGGGGAGAUCUGCUUUAGAUGUGCUGAAGCGGGCCACCAGUAAAAAUGCAAAGCGUAGAGGAGGUCCUGGGGAUGCGGAGAUAUCCACUAUUGGAGCACCUCGUAUGCGGAUCCGUACGGUGCGACGUGGCCCGGUGGCGUACAUGCGUCGUAAGGAGCGUAUGCUGCGUAUCUCCCUGCGGCGCAUGGUGAAGACAGACACCUUCUACUGGACUGUCCUCAGCCUGGUGUUUCUCAACACCAUAUGUGUGGCCAUUGUCCACCAUAACCAGCCAGACUGGCUCUCCACCUUCCUGUACUAUGCAGAAUUUGUUUUCCUGGGGCUCUUCUUGGCAGAGAUGUUCUUAAAGAUGUACGGCCUGGGUUUCCGCCUCUAUUUCCACUCCUCAUUCAACUGCUUUGACUGCGGAGUGAUAGUUGGCAGCAUCUUUGAGGUGGUGUGGGGCUUCUUCCGGCCUGGCAUGUCCUUUGGCAUCAGCGUCCUGAGGGCRCUGAGACUCCUGAGGAUCUUUAAGAUCACCAAGUACUGGGCAUCACUGAGGAACCUGGUGGUGUCUCUCAUGAGUUCCAUGAAGUCCAUCAUUAGUCUGCUCUUUCUCCUCUUCCUCUUCAUUGUCGUCUUCGCCCUGCUUGGCAUGCAGCUCUUUGGGGGCAGGUUCAUCUUUGAAGAUUACACUCCUGCCAACUUUGACACGUUUCCAGCUGCCAUCAUGACAGUGUUCCAGAUCCUGACUGGUGAGGACUGGAAUGAGGUGAUGUACAAUGGGAUCCGCUCCCAAGGAGGAGUGCAGUACGGCAUGUGGUCCUCCAUAUACUUCAUAGUGCUCACCCUGUUUGGGAACUAUACACUGCUCAACGUCUUCUUGGCCAUCGCUGUGGAUAACCUUGCCAACGCACAGGAACUCACCAAGGACGAAGAGGAGGAAGAGGAGUUUUUCAAUGCAAGAUACGCCAGAGGCACAGAUGGCCCGAUGUCUGAAAGGAGGAGGCGGCCCUACCUCCGCAGGAAGAAGGCCAUCCACAGGGGCCGUAUGGCCGUCCCCGAGGAGGAGGAGGAGAGCACUGCUGGGGGCGGAGCCGACCAACCCCCCAAUGGCACCAAUGCCUUCUCCAACCGCCGUGACCGACGGAGGAGGGGGGGAGGAGGAGGAAGAGGAGGAAGGUCCGUGUGGGAGCAGAGGGCCAACCAGCUACGCAAGCGGCGCCAGAUGGAGAGCCAGGAGGUCCUGUUCGGAGGCAGCCCCACCGAGGACACCACUGACACCCCUACCACCGCCUACCGCGCCCCCACCCUCUCCCCAGACGCAAGCCCCGGUCACCUGCCCGAGUCGCCCAUGUCCGGGAUCAUACCCAUGCCUGAACCCCCGAUGUCCAUUGCCAUCCCGCUACCGGAACCCCCAGACUCGGAGCCUGUGCCUCUGUUUACGUUAGCUGAAGAGAGAGCGGUGAACCAUCGCCCCACCGGUGGGGAAAGGAGGCACAGGGUGGCCCGGAAAUCCAGGCCUGGCCCUGGGGGGGCGGAGGAGGGAGGGGCGGCGCGGCAUAGGAGGCACCGUCACCGUGAGGCCCGGGCUGAGGCCAAGAGCAGAGAGUCCCCACAUGAGGAGGUCAGCGAAUCAGGCAGCCGCGAGAGGAAGAUAUUGGAAGAGAGGAAGAUAUUGGAAGAGAGGGAGGAGAAGGAGGAGAGGGAGAAGGAGGAGAAAGAGGAGAAGGAGGACAAAGGAGAGUUCGCUGAGGUGGAGGGAGGAGUGUCAGGCAAGGAUGAAGGAGGAGCCCUUAUUAUCAACUUAGAGAGUGAAGAAGAGCAUCUGAGGGUGUGUAUUGCAGACAUCCCUGAGCCUCCCCUAUGUGAUAACUUCCCUGAGUACCUACCCCCACCCCUGCUGGAACUUCCACCCCAGAUGGAGGAGGGCGAGGUGGGGGAGACUGGGCAGUGUGAGCCCUUGUCCCAGGACCCUCCAGUGGAGCCAGCCCCAGAGCAGUUCGCAGACCCCUCAGAGCUCCAGGCAGCAGCAGGGGUCAGUGACUCAGAGAACAACCAAGCCUCCCUGAACCUUGAGGAGGGUAAGGAGUCAGAGCAAGGCCCAGACAGCCAGACCAGUGUGAUCAUAGAAAUGUCUGGAGCACAGCCACUGCUGGAGGUCACCCCCAUGACAGCUUUACACAGCAGCAAGGAGGUGGAGGUGUACCAUCGUGAGAGGAAGGAGAAGAAGGAGGAGGAGGAGUCGCAGGUGGAGAAGGAGGAGGAUGAGGAGGCUAGCCCGCCCAAACCUGUACCUCCUGGCAGCAUGUUCCUCUUCAAGGCCUCCAACCCGAUCAGGAGGAUCUGUCACUAUGUGGUGACCAUGCGCUACUUUGAGAUGACCAUCUUGCUGGUGAUCGUGGCUAGCAGCAUCGCUCUGGCUGCUGAAGACCCUGUGUGCACCAACUCUGACAGAAACAGGGUUCUCCGUUACUUUGAUUACGUCUUUACUGGAGUCUUCACGUUUGAAAUGAUUAUAAAGAUGACUGACCUGGGACUGCUUCUUCAUGAUGGCUCCUACUUCCGUGACCUGUGGAACAUUCUGGACUUCAUCGUGGUGGUGGGAGCUCUAAUCGCCUUCGCUCUGACGAAUGUGAUUGGGAACAACAAAGGCAGAGACAUCAAAACCAUCAAGUCCCUCAGGGUUCUGAGAGUCCUUCGACCUCUGAAGACCAUCAAGAGACUCCCCAAACUCAAGGCGGUGUUUGACUGUGUGGUGACGUCUUUGAAGAACGUCUUCAACAUCCUCAUCGUCUACCAGCUCUUCAUGUUUAUCUUCGCUGUCAUCGCCGUUCAGCUCUUCAAAGGAAAGUUCUUUUACUGCAAUGACAGCUCCAUGGACACAGAGAAGGAGUGCCAAGGUUACUACAUUGACUACGCUCGAGACAAGAAGGAAGUGAAGAAGAGGGAGUGGAAGAGGCAUGAGUUCCACUAUGACAACGUGUGCUGGGCUCUGCUCACUCUCUUCACUGUUUCAACUGGAGAGGGCUGGCCGCAGGUUCUGCAGCACUCUGUGGACGUGACAGAGGAGGACAUGGGUCCAAGUCGGGGCAACAGGAUGGAGAUGUCCAUCUUUUACGUUGUCUACUUUGUGGUCUUCCCUUUCUUCUUUGUCAACAUCUUCGUCGCUCUCAUCAUCAUUACCUUCCAGGAACAGGGUGAUAAGAUGAUGGAGGAGUGUAGCUUGGAGAAGAACGAGAGGGCAUGCAUUGACUUUACCAUCAGUGCCAAGCCCCUGACGCGCUACAUGCCCCAGAACAGACAGACCUUCCAGUACCGACUGUGGCACUUUGUGGCGUCACCAUCGUUUGAGUACACAGUGAUGGUCAUGAUCGCCCUCAACACUGUGGUGCUCAUGAUGAAGUACUACUCAGCUCCAGCAGCAUAUGACACGGUACUGAAGCACCUGAACACAGCCUUCACCGUUCUCUUCUCCCUGGAGUGUAUCCUCAAGAUCAUGGCCUUUGGUUUUGUGAACUAUUUUCGAGACACUUGGAACAUUUUUGACUUCAUCACUGUGCUCGGCAGCAUCACUGAGAUCAUUGUGGAUUUACAGUCAAUAAACACAUUCAAUAUGAGUUUCCUGAAGCUGUUCCGGGCUGCCAGACUGAUCAAACUGUUGAGGCAGGGCUACACCAUACGAAUCCUGCUCUGGACCUUUGUACAAUCCUUCAAGGCUCUUCCUUAUGUUUGUCUGCUCAUCGCCAUGCUGUUCUUCAUCUAUGCCAUCAUUGGGAUGCAGGUGUUUGGAAACAUCAAGCUGAACGAUGAAAACCAUAUCAACCAGCACAACAACUUCAAGACCUUCUCCGGUGCACUGAUGCUUCUCUUCAGGAGUGCGACGGGGGAGUCAUGGCAGGAGAUCAUGCUAUCGUGUCUGGGGGGGCAGGAGUGUGAGCCAGACUCCUCCAUGGCGCCCAUGACCAUGUCCCCUGACCACGAGGGAGGCUGUGGUACUGACUUCGCCUACUGCUACUUUGUCUCCUUCAUCUUCUUCAGCUCUUUCCUGAUGCUGAAUCUGUUUGUGGCUGUGAUCAUGGAUAACUUUGAGUAUCUGACCAGAGACUCUUCCAUCCUGGGUCCUCAUCACCUGGAUGAGUUUGUCCGUGUCUGGGGAGAGUACGACCGCGCAGCAUGUGGGCGUAUACACUACACCGCCAUGUAUGAGAUGUUGACCCACAUGUCUCCACCCCUGGGCCUGGGGAAGAAAUGCCCUAGAGGUAUGGCCUACAAGAGGCUGGUGUUGAUGAACAUGCCUGUGGAUGAGGACAUGUCAGUCCACUUCACCUCCACCUUGAUGUCUCUCAUCCGCACCGCUCUGGAGAUCAAGAUCGCACGAGGUCAAGGAAUGAGUGGGGAGGACCGAGUAGCUCUGGACACUGAGCUACAGAAGGAGAUCAGUGUGAUAUGGCCAUACCUCCCCCAGAAGACCCUGGAUGUACUGGUGCCCAUCAACAAAGAUUCUGACAUGACAGUAGGUAAGAUAUAUGCCUCCAUGAUGAUCAUGGACUACUUCAAACAGAACAAAGCCAAGAAGCUGUAG